UCGAAAUCUCAGCCGAAAAUGAUCUAAUUUUAGCGACGUUCUGGUCCCAAGCACCAAAACAAAGCAUCUCAUUCGUGUAAUUGCUCGCUUCCAGCAACCUCCAUGACUGCAAACACCGACGCACCCGACGCCAGCUCGAUCCCUGCCGCCCCUACCGUCGUAAAGGCCGUCGACGGCUUCUUUGCGCCCAAAACAGCGGUAGAAAAUGAUACAACCACACCACUGCCACUCUUCAAACGAUUCGAGAUGGUGCCGACGUCAUGGAGCGAGUUCCAGCAGAAAUUGGUCCAACUUGAAAAGGAAAAGCGAUCGGAUGAAACGCCCCGACAGAUUAAAGUCGUGUACUUCCUGCGUCACGCCGAGGGUACCCACAACGAGGCCCAUACCAAGUACGGCUCACCUCGUUGGGAGGACGAAUUCGCACGCACCGAGGCUUUCCUGGACGCCCCCUUGACCCCAUUCGGAGUUAAGGACGCAAAAAGCAAAGGACCAACGAGUGUUCAGGCUGAAAUGGAGCGAGGAAUGCCAUCCAUCGAGAGGGUCGUGGUGUCUCCAAUCUCGCGUGCCAUUCAAACAGCACAGAACUUUUUCACGAAGGAACAAAUUCCAGAUGAGCCUUUCACUUGUAUCGAGAGCUGCCGCGAGACAUUCGAUCGCCACACGUGCAACAUGAGGCGGCCAUUAUCUGAACUCAAGCGCAGGUUCCCCGAUGUGGACUUCUCGCGCAUGAAGGAUGAAGAGGACCAGCUGUGGUCACCUACACAUCGCGAGACAACGGAGGAGAUCCAGAAGCGCGCACGUGAGUUUUUGCUGGAACUUUUCCGUGAGAUUCCAGAGCGCUAUGUGGUGGUGGCAGCGCACCUUAGCAUCAUUGAGGCGAUCUGCGCCGUCACGCUAGGCACACAAGUGCGUCCCAGCAAUUGCGAGGUUGUCCCAAUCGUGCUCGAGGCGUUAUGAAUCUGAAACACUCCAGAUUUGGGAGCUGUAGAAGUUGCAACACUACUGCUGUCAGUACGGUUCACGAAGAACACUUGCAUAAGGCAAAAUAUCAACUACACUUAGAACGGACAUCUCUAGCUACAGUAUUUCGACUGCUAAUUCGCGUAUCGUAGAGUAUGUGGACAUCAAGGGACAACUUGUCCACCAAGACACCAACAUAUGGCUACAUUUACUUUUGUCCAUUAAUAUUCAAGAAACGUUUUGAUUGGCAGAUAGUUCUCC